UAAUGGCAGUCAAAACCUAUCAUACCCAUAGCAAAAAUAAAUAAAUAAAUAAAUGGGAAGGCGUAUCAAACUGAAUACAAGAGGUUGUAAAUAUAUAAACUCGUGACACUAUGUGUUCCCAUUAACUGCAAUAUCACUAUAUAACACAUAAACUAGGAAUUAAUCAAAUCUGUAGUUUGGUAUCAAAGCAUCAAUAUAAUUAUUGUUAUUCCACUUUGAUUACCUGUUACCAACGAUUCCGAUGAUACCCAAAUUUGGAUGGUGGAUUUAAAUUUAAACGUUGGAAAAAAAAUGUUUAGAUAAAUAAAAAUUUAUCUCCGACAAUCAGUUUCAAACUUAGGAAAAUAGUUGAGCCGAAUGCACAAUAAACCUUCGAGUUAUAAAAAAACAAUUCCGAUGAUAAUGGUUUAUAUAAAUAUGAUGUUUGCAUUUAGGUUUGGUGAACAAGGGAAAUGCACACAGAGGAUCAUAACCACCUAAGCCCAAGUGUUCUAGCUUUCUACGUUGGGUCCGGUCGGGUCGGGUUAGAUUUAAAAGUAUAUGAGACGGUUGGAAUUGCCACGUCAUCAUGUGCGGAUUUUAUUUAGAGGGGUUCAAUUGAAAAAUCAGAAAUGUAACGUGGUAUUUUCGAAAUAAUGGAGACUUCGUGGGUUGUCUGCGAAGAAGAGAAGAAAGUCGAGUAAUCCGUCUCCGUCUGCUCUGGUUUCUGAAAACCCUAACCUGAAUCCACCUAAAAAUUGAAACAAUCUCAACUCUGUAGCCAGAGGAGUUUGAGAGGACGACGAAGGCUCGUCAAUGGCGGAAGUGGAAAAUCAACAGGAGUCUCCAUUGCCAGUGAAGAGGAAACCGGAUCUCUACUAUCAAGACCAGGAUAAUGUCGCGAACAAGGCUCAUAAGCUUCAACCCUCGAAUUCCCCUGCUUCUGUAUCCAAAGAUGGAGAAAAUGGUGGUAGUCUAGAUUUUGAGAAGGAGAAAGGUGAGAUCGAGACAGAAAUAGUGAUUUCGCCGGAGAAAGCCGCCGGUUCUGCGUCGGAAAGAGACGAAAUAGGCGGCGAUCUUGGAGCUGAUGAAGAGAAAGAGGAAGCAGAUGACGAGGAGGAGGAGGCGAGGAGAGAAGCAGAGGCCGACAGGAAAGGUAAAGGCAUUAUGAGAGACGACAGGGAAAAAGGAAAAUUGAUCGAAGAUGAUGACAGUGACGAAGACGAAGAAGAUGACGGAAACGGCGACAGCGAUUUGUCGGAUGAUCCGUUGGCAGAGGUGGAUUUGGAUAACAUUCUUCCAUCAAGGACGAGGAGACGGGCGAUGCAGCCUGGUUUCUACAUCCCUGAACUAAUCGCUAGCCAUGAUGACGAUGAUGAUGACGACGACGACGAAGUAGAAGAAGACGAUGAAGACGAAGAUGGUAGCGACGCCUGAAUCUAGCAAGCGCUCGGACAUGAGAGAGGCUUUUGUUUUAUGUUGUUCUCUAUGGAAUUGGGAGUGUAGUAGCCCUUCUGGUCUAUGCUUGUUGGGGGCCCUUCUGGUCUAUGCCCCUGUCCAGAGAGAGAUAGAGAAAGAGCAAAAUCUUGAAGAAGCUGUUGGAUUGAGGUCCAUGAAUCUAAGUGGGGCUUUGAUCCGCAUGACCCCCAAUGUGUAUAUAGCUAUAGCUAUAGCUUCUUUGUAUUUGUAAUUGUAGUGAAAUAUCUGAAUGGACAAAGGGAAGGACCACCCGAGAGGGACAAUGAAAAGGGACAUAUCUUACGUUUCCUCAUCAUCUCCUCCCUUUCUCGGGUUAUGUUAUCUCCACACACACACAUAUAUAUAUAUACGAUGUGGAUAUGGAUACG